AAGCCUGGGAUUUCUAUAAUCCGUCAACUUUGACUGUUUUAUUGUGGUUUUCGUUCUUAAAACAGUAUUGUCAUUCUUGCCUUGGCAUUCAUUUCCCCCCUUUAUAACAUUCAAACUUUUUUAUAUGAGGUUAUGUUAUACAUCAAUAUCUCAUGCAUGAACUUAAGCUAUGUAUAAGUGAAGAGUGUGCUAUCGUUUUAGCAACAAAUCAUUGAUGAAAUGAGCUGUUUUCAUUGUCAUUUUGGGGCAUUGAAUAUUAGUGUCAAGCCGACUGCGGCAGUAAAUGUUGUUACUCUUUUAGCCGUGAAAGCAUCAUUAUGUAGAGGAAAGUAGGAAGAAAAGUUAAUACAAACUAAACCUAUAAUGUUAAAAACAUGUGCCAUCAUUCACUAAGCAAAUGCUUAUUAGAGAUUACAAUAAAACUGCAUUUAUGUAUGCAGACAUGGUACUAAAGCAUCAGAAUGGGGAAUAAGGGUGAUUUAAAAGUCUCUAAAUGUGGCAUUGUUGCUGGUCUGGUCUGAGUAUUUCAGAAAUGGCUGACUUACUGGGAUUUUCUUGCAUAACUGUCUUUAAGGUUUACAUAGAAUGGCCCAAAAAACAGAAACUAUUCAGUGAAUGGCAGAUCUCAGAGUGAAAAUGCUUCUGGACUAACUGCUUUAAGCUGCUGGGAAUUCUCAUUAUGACCAAGAUAUGCAGAAGAGCAUGGAUAACACACGAUAACACACCUUUCUUGAACAUAACAAUGAGUUUAUUGUACUCAAAUGGUCUCCUUGGUCUCUCAACAGAUAAUUAUAUUCUCAACAUAAAUGUUUUUAAAUAGCUUUUUCUAUCACGUUUAAGUAGAUCUCAUGUCAUACCUUUCCUACAGAUUGUACCGUUGAGUCUGUCAUAACUGGAAAGCAAGCUUGAGAGGUUGACUGAGAGCCAGUGCCAAUGAGCCACCUGUUUUUGACAGUCAGAGGCUGAGUGAGGUGGAACUGCUGCUGAAAGAGAGUCAAGGCGAAGGCAGCAGAGUGCAGCUUGGUUUCAUUUUGGUAAAGAACAAAGCAGACCGUCUGCCAUUGUAAAAACUUUGCAAUGACAGACAGAAAGUCCUCCUCAGGUGCUGCCACAGGGAUGAUAUGUGAUAUACAAGAUUUGGAGCCAAAACAGAAGAAGUGUGUGGCAGGGGGAUCAGAGAGAAAGUGGGAGAUCUCAUCUCUCCAGGAUCUGGAGGAGGUUUUACACUCAGCUCCACGCUCCUGUCGACAUGGAGACGAGGUGUGGCCGAAUCUGUUUCUGGGAGACAUGUUUAUGUCUCAUGACAAGUUUGGGCUCUACCAGCUAGGGAUCACUCAUGUGCUGAAUGCCUCACAUGGUAAACUCUGCUGUAAAGGUAGUGAUGAUUUCUAUGGAACCACAGUGAAAUAUUACGGAGUCCCUGCCAACGACCUCCCCACAUUUGACCUCUCGCCAUAUUUCUACCCCGCAGCUGAGUUCAUUCACCAGGCUUUGACAUCAGGAGGGAAAGUGUUUGUGCACUGUGCUGUGGGUGUGAGUCGUUCAGCUGCAUUGGUCCUAGCCUACCUGAUGAUUCAUCAUCACCUCAGUCUGUUGUCCUCUAUACGUUGUGUGCAGCAGAAGCGCUGGAUUUUUCCCAACAGAGGCUUCCUGCGACAGCUCAUAGACCUGGACCAAAAACUGCAGGAUGAUGGUUUAAACGAUCCAGAUGGUAUCAGUGCGAGCUCCUGAAUUCUCCCCCUGGGGUUUUUUAGCAUCAGUGAACAGACCAAUCAAUGCUACAGCGUUACAACAUUAAAU